AGAUGAAAGGAAGGAGGGAGAGAGCCUAUGAGAAAUUUAAUCACAAUUAAGAAUAAUAAAGCACUAAUUAACCAGUAGCUAGGAGUAUAUACUAUAUAGUCUCUUGAGUAGCUAAUCUCUAGUCUCCUCCGUAGCUCCUACAUAUCUAUACUUGUCAAAUCCUCAUAUGUAUAUAUAUAACCGCAUAUGAAUAUUUGAUUGUGAAUGAGAGUGAUCAGUGAGUGACAACCUUUUCAAGUUUUUCAGUGUGUUUUCAGCUACAAAGUGAAUGAACAGUAUGGGCGUUUCUGAUAAUAAUGAUUAUGAAGAAGAAAUAUACUACGAUUUUGAUGAUAAUCAUUUCCAUCACUAUCAUCAGCAGCAACUUCCUCACACCUUGUCUAGGUUAUCCCUGUGUACCAGCAGGAGUACUGAUUAUUCCAUGGGCGACAUAAAUCCUGAUGAUGGUGCUGCUGCUAGUGCUGAUGUUGGCCAGGAAUACCUUGACAUGAUUAGGAUGUACAUGUCACGCGUAUCCAUGGAGGGAUCUGUAGAUGAUGCCGACGAUGAUGAUGAUGAGGAUCGGCAGUCCUUUGACAACGACGUGACAAGUGAAAAAGAGAAUGUCGAGGGAGUGAUUUCCUCGAUCCUAUCGAUGUCAGAUUCAGGUAAAUAUGAUGAGCCUGGUUGUUAUUCUCUACCUGUGACGCCUAAGCAAAGAUCGACGAGCCUCGAAGGAAGCAAGAAGUUGUCGGAUCUUAAAUAUGACAUAAUAGUUACACCCAUUGACGUAGCAAAACUAUAUGCAAGCGAGAACGAAGCUGAUCUACGAAAGGAUGGAGGGUUUAAAAGAGCAAGCAAGAAGAAUAGAAGGAAUUCAAGGAGGAGAAUUUUAAGAGAGAAAUGGUUACAGAGAGCUUGGGAAAUGAAGAAGAAGCAAGAUCGUGUUGUGUAUGAUGAUGAUAUGAACUACUUCAAUGGGGAUAACAAUAGACACGGUCACCGUUCUGGUAGUGGUGGUGAAUUUGGUAACGAUGACCAUUAUAGGCAUCAAUUGAUGGUGAUAACCAGACCUUGUGGUGGGAGAAGGUCUCUGUGUAUGGACUUUGAGGAAGUCAAGGCUUGUAGAGACCUGGGGUUUGAGUUCGAACACGAGAGCACGAUGUUUGAAUUCUCAAGUAGGCAUUCAGGCAGAGGAGGAUCGACCAUGGAUACCGCUAGUGCAGGUAGUGACGGUACUUCAACUGUAAGCAAUUGGAGAAUCUCAAGUCCUGGGGAUGACCCAAAGGAUGUAAAAGCGCGGCUCAAGGUGUGGGCACAGGCUGUGGCACUAGCAUCUGCCUCUCACUCUCGCCUUCUCAGCUGAAACUAAGCGGCUUAGUUUAUUGCUUAGGAUCUGUCGGCUAUGAUUGAUGACUUUCUUUUUUUCUGAUCAUCAAUUAAAUAGAAGUCAGCAAUUUCAUUUUGCUUUUGUUUCGUUUCAUUUAUGAACUGUGAGUUUCUAGUUUUUCCAAAAGUCUUAGACAGGUGAUUUUAUCUUCUCCAAGGGUGUAUAUAUGGUACCUCAGUUAUCUCUGUCAUUCGCAGUUUUAUUCCCUUGGAUUUUCCCAGGCUGGGCUUGCCACUAGUGUAAUACUGAAUUCAUUGUGUGAUAAUCUAGAAUGCUUGUUCUUCAGAUU